AUGGACAAGUUGAAGGUCCUUGUCGCAAAGCGCGGCGAAAUCGCUGCUCGAGUGCUGCGGGCAGCUCAGGAGCUAUCCAUGGCUGAUCCUUUCCAGGUUCCCAGCAUAUGGGUUAUUCUUGUGCUAACUCCUUCUAGAGAUGCCUAUCUUGACGCUUCGAGAAUCGUUGAGAUCGCGAGACAGAAAAACGUCGAUCUCGUUCAUCCAGGGUACGGAUUCCUCUCGGAGAAUGCGUCGUUUGCGGCCCAAGUUCGCGAUGCUGGGAUGAACUUCGUUGGUCCCCCAACCGACGUAAUCAGAAAAAUGGGUGAUAAAGUGCUGGCUCGUGAGAUUGCACGAGCAUGUGACAUUCCGAUCAUCCCUGGCACCGACGGUCCAUUGCAAGACCUCCAACAGGCAUACGAUUUCGUCGCAAGGCAUGGAUAUCCGGUUGUCAUCAAAGCCAGUUUUGGUGGUGGCGGUCGAGGCAUGCGAGUCGUUCGCGAGGGUGACUCCCUGGAAGCAGCGGUGACUGCCGCAAGAUCGGAGGCUCUGAGUGCAUUUGGGAAUGAUGCCGUGUUUCUCGAACGAUUUUUGGAUCGGCCCAAGCACAUCGAGGUCCAGAUUCUAAGCGAUCGAUAUGGCAACCAUGUUCAUCUAUUCGAGCGCGACUGCAGCGUGCAACGGAAGCACCAAAAGGUGAUCGAAUUCGCGCCUUCUCCGAAUCUGCUGCCCCAGGUUCGACUAGGUGUUUUCUAUGCAGCCGUUAGACUGGCAAGGUAUCUCAACUAUGAGAAUGCUGGGACAGUGGAGUUUCUCGUGGAAAAUGACCGGUUUUACUUUAUCGAGAUGAACCCCCAAAUUCAAGUCGAGCAUACAGUGACCGAAGAACUCCCUGGAAUUGAUAUCGUCGCCGCCCAGCUGCGUAUCGCUUGUGGCGCAAGCUUGGUUGAAUUAGGCCUGACGCAAAACCGGAUUUCUCAGCGUGGAUGCGCUCUGCAGUGCCGUAUCACCACUGAAAUCCCAUCAGAAGACGACAAUCCUGAGCUUCUUACCCCGGAACCAUCUCUUGACAGAGAGCAUAAAUUUCUACUCUCUCUUGCAGAUGCCUAUGUCAAUGGCAGCAGGAUCAAGGGUCAAGUGAAACCUCCCGGAGUGAAGGAUGACAUUGCAACCGGGCCGCUCUUUGACAGAAAGACGGGUGAGAAGUUGGACACCACAAAGCCAUGCCCCCAUGGAUGGCGGCAGGUGCUUCUGGAACGUGGACCACAGGAAUUCGCCAAAAUGAUCAGACGCCACAAACAAAUCCUAAUCACCGAUACAACUUGGCGAGAUGGCCAACAAUCACUCUUAGCAACCCGUGUGCGGACGAGGGACUUGGCGGCGAUAGCGAUCCAUACGAGCCAUGCUUACAGUGCAGCUUACAGUCUGGAGUGCUGGGGAGGGGCAACCUUUGAUGUUAUGCUUCGCUUUUUGUACGAGGACCCAUGGGAGCGCCUGCGGAGACUACGAAAAUUAGUUCCGAAUAUUCCGUUUCAGAUGCUACUAAGAAGCACCAAUGGAGUGGCAUAUUCUGCAUUACCAGAUAACGCUUUGUAUCACUUUGUGAAGCUCGCCAAGGAUACUGGGGUGGAUAUAUUCCGAGUCUUUGAUUCCCUGAACAACCUGGAGCACCUCGAGGUGGGCAUUCGCGCCGUUCUUGCUGCUGGCGGACUCGUGGAGGGUACUAUCAUCAACGCCGAAAAGAAACUGCGAAAAGCCAAUGUCCACGACGGUGAGGUGGCAGCACCUAUGUCUGGGAAUAUCAUCCGAGUGGUCGCUCAGAAUCAGAGCGAGGUCAAAGCCGGCGACGUGUUGUUGACGAUCGGUGCUAUGAAAAUGGAGGUCAAUGUCAGUUCAGAGGUCAGUGGCAGGGUUGAAGAUAUUUCAAUUGCCGCCGGAGAUUCUGUCGAGAAAGGUGAUAUGCUGUUGCGAAUAGUCCCAGUUCAGGUCAAUGGAAAUGGGGUCGCAAGCAAUGGAGUCGCAAAGAGUAACGGAAUCGCGAACGGCAAUGAGGUCACGAAUGGCAAUGGAGUUGCGAACGGUAGUGGAGUCGCAAUUGGCAAUGAAGUCACAAAUGGCAAUGGUGUCGCAAACGGAAAUGGAAUCGCGAAUGGCAACAGGGUAGCAAACAGCAACGGGGUCACGAACGGCAAUGGAGUCGCAAAUGACGAAGGCGUCACAAAUGGCAUGUUAAAGAACUAG